UGCAAAAGUUAACUAGUUAUUUGUGCAGUCAGUGAGUUUCCUGUAGAAAGUUAAGGCUUGCAUGGACCUUCAUAUAAAAGUCUGUGCUGGAUACCUCUAGGGCAGAACGUUCCGGUUUCCUUCCACCAAAAUGGCUCUUCCAUUUCUACGAUUUUACCAACGUGCUGUGAUAUUUCUUCUUUUGGCAUUGUCUUCAAUCUUUGCUGAAGGUGGAAGGAUCCUGGUGAUACCUCAGGAUGGAAGUCAUUGGCUCAGCAUGCGCCUGUUAGUGAGGAAGCUUCAGCAAAAAGGACAUGAAACUGUUGUGGUACUACCAUCAACAAGUUUGCAUAUGAAGCCAAAGGAUCAUCAGAAUUAUACAGUGAAAGUAUAUCCAAUACCUUAUGCAGAUGAAAACUUAACUGUCACAUUCAAGUCAUUUAUUAACGAUCAUUUUACCGAACAAUCUGUUUUGAAUAUUAUUAUUACAAUGUAUCAAAGCAUAUUAAAAAUUUCCAGGCUCUUUUUUACCAGUUGUAAGAGCCUUUUGCACAACAAAGACAUAAUGCAAGAGUUGAGAGAGAGCAAAUUUGAUGUGCUUCUCACAGAUCCAGUUCUGAUCUGUGGACCGAUAAUUGCUGAGUAUCUUUCAGUUCCGUCUGUCUACUUCUUGAGAGGAUUUCCCUGUGGUAUGGAUUUUGAAGCUACCAAGUGUCCAAAUCCUCCUUCCUAUGUCCCCAGAUUCUUCCUGAAUAAUUUAGAUCACAUGACAUUCAUUCAACGUGUGAAGAACUUGCUGGUCAGUGUACUGGAGCUUUUCUACUGUCAACCUCUAUUCAGUCCCUUUGAAGAACUUGCAUAUGAGAUUCUUCAAAAGAAAGUGACUGCUGCAGAGCUUCUAAGCCAUGCAUCUGUUUGGCUAAUGAGGUACGAUUUUGUGCUUGAGUUCCCGAGGCCAGUGAUGCCAAACAUGGUUUUUAUUGGAGGGAUAAACUGUCAUGAGAAGAAAAGACUUUCUCAGGUGUUUUACCAGCUACACAGACCCCAUGGCAGUCUCCCUACGGGUGCUGAACCUCCUUGUCAGCAUAUUGGAGAGCUUACUAUCUUAAGGAUUUUCACUACACAUUCGAGGACAUUGGUUCAAAGUGUGGAAAGAUGCGCAUCCACCAAUACUUUGUUGAACAUCUCUGGAUAACAAGAUACCAUUCCCAUUAUGCCCCACAGUCUCUUCACUGGAGGCAUCAACUGCAAGAAGGGGAGAAGCUUAUCUAAGGUACAUGAAUUUCAAGGAGGCAUUUUGUAUUUGGUGUAAGAGGAAGGCUUACAUAGCAGUAAGAAUAUCGGAUGGGUUUGAGAGACAGUUUCCCAUGACAGAUUUUCUUUGGGCAAGUCUCCUCGUUUUCCUUGCGUUGGCAGCAUUGUAAGAUGGUUAGAAUAGUCCUUCCCUACUUCACAAGUGUACUGGGAUGGGAAGCAAAUGAAAGUCUGAAACUCUUAGACUUCAUGCUGAUAAGAAUGAUGUAAUGAUUUUAGACAGAUGGUAAGUUCAGUACUAUUACAUUACUACUAAAAUCUAAAUAUGGUUACAGAUAAUCGAUUUGCCAGUAUGAAAAGCUACAGAUUUGUGUGGUCAGCUAAAGGUCAGUGCCAUCUGUGCACCUGGAAAGUGUUUGGUAAGAGGGACAUAAAUUUGUGAGCCUCGGUUUACUUUGGCACUGGCAACAAACGCUCCCCAUCUGAAACAUCCGAAAAGGGAUGUUGUGGCAUAUUCAUCAACCCACACAACUACCACCCACAGCUCUGUAUCAUGGGACCAUCCCUGAGAAACGAGCAGAUAGAGAGUAGAUGGGGCGCACAGCUAUCACAGUCUGAUCUGGGCAGAAGGAAAGGGAAGAUCGAUUUGCAUCUCCCUUCCACAUCAGACCUGCAGUUGUGCUGUGCUGAGUUAAUGUUGCUGUAAGGGUGCAGUGGGAGAUCACGGAGGACUUGGGUCUUUAGAGAUUAUUCCAGGUGUGUGGACAUUAGAGCAAAAAUUCCCAGCUGUGGGCAGUUUAGUUUCCCCGCUUUUGGGGGGAAAAGGAACGGGAGACAGGCAGCAGCUAUUCCCAGUCGCUUGCGUGACUCCUGUUCAUAUUCACAUAGUUGUUUAUUGGCACUACCUGGCAGCAUGCAAGGGUAACUAAGCCAAAACAUAAGGCUGGGCAUGCACUAAUUACCUUCAGUGAACAUCUACCCUGUGGUUCAGGUCACCUCAGGAUAGUAGUUGUUUGCACUCCAUAUAGUUACAGCAAUUAGCCAACAGAGAACUGAGCUGAUUCAUUCAGCAGCUAGCAGCCCCUUGUAUCCCAGUGCGCUGUGCUCAGAGACAAAAAGGGUGAAGAGGCGAGAUCAGGCUUGCUGUGGUUUGGGCAAAGAAUAGAAGAUGAGUUGGGGUCCAAGUUGCUGCAUUACCAGUGGUAAAAAGGAUCGUGAGGCUGGGGUCCGAGUAUGGCAAGAAGAAAAGAAGAUUGAGAGGCAGUGAGCUAUAGUCACAACUUGGGAGAGUAAAGUAUAUCAUAGGAGAUACACCUCUUUCCUUACGCAAACCCACUUUCAAAGUACAACACCCAUUUCAACCUUUUAUAAUCAUUAAUCUUCUACUGUGAACCCCAUUGCGUGCAAACCUAUGAACAC